AUGGCCGCGGACUUGAAGCUAUCGAGAGCGGACAAGCCGGAGCGGAAGUGGUUCGAGAACCCCUUCGCCUGGUGGCAGGGCACGAGCCUUGCCUGGAACACGAAGAUCCCCAUUUGGACAGGUUCCGGUGAGGCGGAAGGGCUUUCCGAGCUCUUCGUGGAUAACCUGGGGUCCUUGCUGGGCACGACCGGCUCAGCCGUGGGCCACAUCGGCUAUGGCAUCGUGGGCAACCUUGGAGCCUUCGCAGCUGUGGGUAUGACCAGCGGCCCGAGCUAUGGAGUUGCCAUCGCCCAAGAGUGGGAGAAGGUCUACUUCUCGCGCAACAUCCCCGGCUGCGCCUUCGCCCUCUUGCUGGGGAACCUCUACUACGCUUGGCAGUGCGGGCGCCUGGGCAACAAGGAGAACCGUGAGGACGUCACGGCCCAGCCCUAUGGCAUCAACACCACGGGCGUGUACAUCACCCUCUAUGCCAUCCAGCUGGAGGCCCUGAUCUCUGCUGGCUUCACCUAUCUCCCGGGCGCGGGCGCAUCGGACGCCGACAUCCGCGCGGCUGCCGUCAACGCCGCGGACCACGCCUGGAAAGUCUCCGUGGCGGCCAACUUCUUGCUCGGCAUCUUCGAGAUGUUGGGUGCCUUCGUUGGCGAGAGUAUCCGCAAGGCCGCGCCCGUGGCCGCGUUCUAUGCGCCCAUGGUGGGUGUCGGCUUUGUGUAUCUGGCCUUCGUUCCAAUGCUGAAUAUUGCGAUGGAGCCCAUGGUCUGCCUGAUCCCGCUCCUCAUCGUGUUCAACGGCUUCUUCGGCGGUGUCCGGUAUCAUAUCUUCAAGAAGCUGACCCUCCCCAUUGGCCUCCUCGCAAUCCUGGCCGCGGCCAUUGCUGGCUGGUCCGGCGCUUGCGCCCGUGAGGGCGGCACGCUGGGCGCGACCAAGUACGGCUACACCCUGCAGUACUUCGACUCCACCAAGGUCACUUGCACUGGCACAUCCCAGACAGAGGCCCAGCGUGCAUGGGACACCUAUGCCUUUCAGGACAACAUACUCUCCAACGCUGUUUUCGUGGGCCUUGGUGGCUUCGCCGAAAUUGGCAGCUUCAUCACAACUCUCUUCCUCGUGGGCGUGGUGGGCUUUGUUGGAACCAUGAGCUGUGUUGAAAGUGCCUCUGCCGCCGGCGACGACUAUCCCAUGGCGGAGACCAUGAUCAUUGACGGCCUGGGCACCUGCAUCGGGGCUCUCUUCGGAUCAUUCUACUCCACCACGGUGUACAUUGGCCACCCCAUCCACAAGAACCUGGGUGCCAAGCGUGGCUACAGCCUCAUCAACGGCAUUCUCUACUUCAUCCUCCUGCUCAGCGGGGUGUUCGCCGCGCUGUACCAGUCCUUGCCCGAGUGCGCCAGCGGCUCCAUCCUCGUCUUUGUCGGCCUGAUCUUGGGGCGCCAGGCGUUCGAGGAGACGCCCGCGCGGCACUACCCCGCUCUGCUGCUCAGCCUCUUCCCGUACCUUUGCAACUGGGCGAAGCUUGGGAACUCGAACGAGGGUAUCCUGAUGAUGGGGCAGGCUGGGGGUCUCAUGUUCAGCGUCGUGAUCACAUGGCUCUUCUGCCUCUGCAUCGAUCGGGACUUCUUGAAGGCCACCGUCCUCUCCUUCGUGGCCAUCUGGCUUUCGCUCUUUGGCUUCUUUGCCAGCCACAACGCUCCGAACGACAGCGUGCCACCGACGGAGGGAGAUGAGAAGAUCGGCUUCUACGGCAAGGAGGACCACGAGUACAACAACGGUUGGCGCUGGGCAGUCUCGUGGACUUUGGCCACCCUGUUCUUUGCGGCGCACGUGGGCAUGCAGAAGAUGGGUUUCGUUGAGGGCCCCUACAAUGAGGUAGAUUCCAAGGUUGAGAAGCUUGAGAACUAG